AUGAACAAUAAUACUACUAUGAAAUUAGGUAAACUUCAAAAUUUAAAUACUUCAAUAAAAAUGAUCCCUGAUGAGGCUGAAGAUAAAUCUGCUAGAAGGAAAGCUCUGAAUGCCAGAAAGAGGAAACUUAUAUUGGCAUAAUCCAAAAAAUUUAUAAUGAGAUCAACUGAUAACGUAGGUGGGACAUAAGCGAGUUAAUCAUUAGGUAAAGAUCAGAAAAAAAAUGUAUAAUCCAUUUACAUGAAAUCAAAUAUGAUCCAGAGAAUGAUGGAUCAUGAAAAUCAAAGGCAAUAGUUCAAAUACUAUGCAAACCCAGCAGAUACACUUGAUAAAAAUGCUGUUUCUUAUAAGUAAAUAAAAAAGGAGCCUGUAUCAUACAAUACAAUAUAAUCAAGAUUACAGAAAUGGAAAGAAACAAGAGAAAUUGAUGGAGAUGAUGAUAAUCAUUUGUUUUCAAACAACAAUUAUGAUAUUGAGGGUUUUAACAAAGAUGAAAGUAGGGAAAAAUCACUUGACUCUGCAUCAAGAGUUGGAAAAAACUAUUAAUCCUAAGAAAUGUAUAAGGAGCUUAAAGGUUUGCAGCCAUUGACAAAAAAUAUCUUUCAAGCUAAGCUUACUAGAAACCUUGCAGGAAAUUUCGAGGAGUAAAAAUCUUUUAAAAAUUCUAGUGAGUUUAGAGGUUAGGUCGAAAAAGAUUAUUAUCAGACUACAAAACAUAAACCAUCAUUGUUUAAAUUGAAAUAAAACUCAUCAAUAGAUGAAAGAAAGAAAUCUAAAUUUUAUGACGAUUUUGUAGUCACUUCAUAAUCUAAACCUGCUAUUAAAUCGAAAUUAAAAAAGAAAAGUUUGAGGCACUAACUUGAACUAGUUUUAUGA